AUGUCGGCGAUAGCGAAAGAAGACAUUUAUGAAUCUGAAGGAUCAGCGGAUCAAUCGAAAAACUUGACAAUCCAUGAAAAAGAUGCUCAAAAUCAUCCAGACAUCGAAGUUGUCUCUGUAGAUAUUGAUGACGCAUUGAACAAGUUCAAAGGAAGAGUUUUGAACUUGAAAGCGGCGGAUUAUUCGGAUUCAAUUGCCAGAAAACGAAGAAAUGCGUUUGGAAAUAAUCAAUACGUUUUGGAAGUUGUUGGAAGUGGAUAUAAUGGACAUGAAACAACAAAUGAAAAAUUGAAUCGAAUUUUGUAUGAAAUUGCUGAUUUGAAUGAGCAAUUGAAGACUUCCGAAGGCAAAAAAGAGGAAAAUGAGUUUUUGAAUGAACAAGUUCUUGAAAACCUUGCCAGCGAAGUGAAAAACCUGCAAAAAACUCCGAAAUCAGGAGAAAAAUCGUAUGAAGAAGUCGAUUUGCCAAGAUCUGUGCCAUUUGAUGCAAAAUCGAAUGCCUUGGAAAAACGUCUAAGAAGAAUUGAAAAAGUAUUGGGAGCACAGGACGAAAAAUCAGCACCGAUUUUGGACAUUUUGGAAGAUUUGAAGCUUCGAUGCGAAACUUUGAACUCGGGUUAUGUGACUGGAUUGGAACAAAGAUUGAAUGUGGUUUUGACGAAAUUAGAGAAAAUUGAAGAGAUUCGAGCAAAUAAUUCAAUUGAUGAGACUUCGGAGCAGAAGGUUAAUGAAAUUUUGGAAAUUAUGCAAAGGUGAGUAGUUUAGAGAGCUUUGGGAGGAACGGGAAAAAUUGAUUUGGAAAAUAACAUCAAGUUACAAUUUUUAUAAAGAAACAUAUUCUUUUUUUUUUCCAAAAAAAAAUUAACUGUUUCCGAAUUUCAACUAUUUUUUUCAACAUAACUGGUAUACUCUCCAAAAGUCCCCAAAUAUUAUUUUUUUGCAGAUGGGAUAUUUCAUGUUCAUCUUUGCCAAGCAAUGUAAAUAAAGUGAAAGCCCUAAAUCGUCUUCAUGAACAAGCUCAACAUUUUGCCUCGAAUUUAUCGCAACUCAAAACAAUCCGCGAGAAAUUGGAAAAAGAGGCUUCGCAAGGAAGAGAAGCUAUUCGAGAAUUCGAAACUGCGGGAAAACAAGAAAUGAGUCAAGUUGUUGAGAAACUUAAAUUAUUGGAAAAACAAGUGGCUGAUUUGAAAUAG